AAAUUAAUAUUUUGACUAAAACAUUACGGUUAAAUUCCGUGCCUCCACUCUUUCGGGAGGUGGACGGGAGAAACAGGUUAGGGCUAAAUUAGAUACCACAUGAUCAAAAUCCCAAUGUCUGUAGUGGGCAUAAUCUUAAUUCCCAAAAUCUGUGCAAGUCGGUGUCUCAUCGUUCAUGUAAAAUUCUAAUCAAUAUAUGGAAUGAAGAGGGAAUUUUUACGCGAUUUUCAGUUUAACUCUCGAACAAGUAUUCCGAUUUCUCUCUCCCUCUCUCUCUCUCUGCUGUUCCUUCAUACUUUUCCUAGAAUUUUGAACAGUUCACUCAAAAUCAUCAUUCUCCAAGGAAAGUAUCCAUUGCGCACUCAUGGCUUCGGACUAUGCGUUGAAGGUCCCUGCUGAACUUGAAUCAGCGUUGCGGUUGAAGACUGUUCAGUAUUUCAUUACGAAAAGGCCGUGGCUUGAUCUCUAUGGUGUUAAUGUUAGACCUGUCGCACCAUUUGGAAGUUCAAGUAGGCAGCCAUUUGUUGAUCCAGCAUUAAUACAUCGCAGCUUACCAGAUGAGUUACUGUUUGAGGUCUUUGCCAGAAUUACUCCUUAUGACCUGGGGCGGGCGUCAUGUGUGUGUCGAAAAUGGAGAUACACCAUCCGGAAUCCUGUAUUCUGGCGUAAUGCUUGUUUGAAGGCUUGGCAGCUCUCUGGUGUGGUUGAAAACUACAAGUUUUUGCAGUCUAUGUAUGAUGGAUCAUGGAGAAAAAUGUGGCUUUUACGGCCAAGGAUCCGCACUGAUGGCCUUUAUGUUAGCAGGAAUACUUACAUACGUGCUGGGAUCGCAGAGUGGAAGAUUACCAAUCCAGUUCACCUGGUCUGCUAUUUCCGUUACAUAAGAUUUUUUCCUUCUGGGCGAUUUCUCUACAAGAAUUCUUCACAGAAGAUUAAGGAUGUGGCUAAGUGCAUGAAUUUUCGUGCUUCGAAAGCCGACUGUAUUUUUGGUGGACAUUAUACCUUGUCAGAUGAUAAGGUUGAAGCAGCUGUUCUGUACCCAGGUGCACGUCCUACUGUGCUCAGAAUCCGCAUGAGGCUAAGAGGAACAUCAACAGGGGCUAAUAAUCGAAUGGAUCUAUUGACCCUUGUUACCAGCGGUAUGAAUAACAAUGAGGUUGGUGAUCCUGAAGAAGAUAUCCUUGGCAUAGUGGAAAGAUGGCGAGACGAUGAAACACACAACCCAGACGUGCCUGCAGUUUCUCACAAGCGGGGUCUGACACCUUUUAUAUUUGUUCCUUUUGAUCAGGUGGAAACAUCAGAACUAAACUUGCCUGUAGAUAAGAUGGAUUAUUUUGUACCCGGUUGAUGCACCAAGUUUACUGUAUGUUUCUGUAUAUAAUCUUCGGUCCGGCCUCGGAGAUUUUUUAAUUUAUUUUUUCAUAGUCAUCCUGCUUGAUGCCUGUACAUAAAUAACCAAGCAUGUGAAUUUACUAGAAAACAUGUCAAUUUCGACAUCUCCUUGUUCUUGUUGUAUCAUUCCAGUAUUGUAUGAUUGUGUUGCAGAAAGUGCAAAAAAAGAUGUUUAUUUAUAAAUGGAAACCUGGGAAAUUAAAGAA